AUGGGCCGAGAAACUUCAGUCUCCAUGUUUAACUUCUGCCCCUGCAAGAGGAUACAAUGUGCGGUGUCAGCACAGCGACAGGUCACCGUCCAGGAGGGACCCUUGUAUCGCACAGAGGGCUCCCACAUCACCAUUUGGUGCAAUGUGAGUGGCUACCAGGGCCCCUCUGAGCAGAACUUCCAGUGGUCCAUUUACCUGCCCUCUGCCCCUGAACGCGAAGUGCAGAUUGUUAGCACAGUGGACUCCUCCUUCCCUUAUGCUAUCUACACCCAACGAGUCCUAGGUGGGAAGAUCUACGUGGAGAGAAUCCAGGGGAACUCAGCCUUACUUCACAUCACAGAGCUGCAAGCCCGGGAUGCAGGGGAGUAUGAAUGUCACACCCCUAACACUGAUGAGCGCUACUUUGGAAGUUACAGUGCCAAGAUGAACCUAGUGGUGAUCCCAGAUUCCCUGCAGACCACAGCUGUCCCCCAGACUCUGCACAAAGUGGAACACGACCCAUUGGAGCUCAGUUGCGAAGUGGCCACUGAGAGCGAACAGCACAGCCACCUCUCAGUAUCCUGGCUUCGGCGGAAGGGUGGCGAGAAGCCUGUGGAGGUCAUUGCCCUGAGCCGAGACUUCAUCCUACACUCCAGCAGCGAAUAUGCCCAGAGGCAGAGCCUCGGGGAGGUGCGGCUGGACAAGCUAGGGAGAACCACCUUCCGCCUCACCAUCUUCCACCUGCAGCCUUCGGACCAGGGCGAGUUCUACUGCGAGGCUGCUGAGUGGAUCCAGGACCCAGAUGGCUCUUGGUACGCCAUGACCAGGAAGCGCUCUGAGGGUGCUGUCGUCAACAUCCAGCCUACCGACAAAGAGUUUACUGUGCGUCUGGAGACCGAUAAGAGGCUGCACACAGUGGGUGAGCCGGUGGAGUUCAGAUGUAUCCUAGAGGCUCAGAACAUUCCCGACCGCUACUUUGCCGUUUCCUGGGCCUUCAACAGCUCACUCAUCGCCACCAUGGGACCUAAUGCUGUGCCAGUCCUCAACAGUGAAUUUGCCCACCGUGAAGCCAAAGGACAGCUUAAAGUAGCCAAAGAGAGUGAUGGUGUCUUUGUGCUGAAGAUAUACCACCUCCGCCAGGAAGAUAGUGGCAAAUACAACUGCCGGGUGACUGAGCGAGAGAAGACUGUCACUGGCGAGUUCAUCGACAAGGAAAGCAAGCGCCCCAAGAACAUCCCCAUUGUCGUCCUUCCUCUCACAGAUAACUGGGUAGUUAAAGUCCCCCAGCAGCACCAGAUCCUGCCCCAAGGCCACUUGGAAAGCAGCAUCUCUGUGGAGGUGGCCAGCAAUGCCAGCGUCAUCCUUGAGGGUGAGGACCUGCACUUCUCCUGUAGUGUUCGCACAGUGGGCAGAUUGCAGGGCCGCUUCUCUGUCAUCUGGCAGCUUGUGGACAGGCAGAACCGCCGCAGCAACGUCAUGUGGCUAGACCGGGAUGGCACCGUGCAGCCAGGCUCAUCCUAUUGGGAGCGCAGCAGCUUUGGGGGCAUCCAGAUGGAGCAGGUGCAGCCCAACUCCUUCAGCCUGGGCAUCUUCAACAGCAGGAAGGAAGAUGAGGGCCAGUAUGAAUGCCAUGUGACGGAGUGGGUACGGGCCGUGGAUGGAGAAUGGCAGAUCGUGGGAGAACGCCGUGCCAGUACCCUUGUCUCCAUCACAGCUCUUGAAACGGGCUUUGCGGUCACAGCCAUCUCCCGGACGCCAGGAGUGACCUACAGCGACUCCUUUGACUUGCAGUGCAUCAUCAAACCCCCCUCCCCUUCCCGAGUCCCCGUGUCAGUGACAUGGCGGUUCCAGCCAGUGGGCACACUUGAGUUCCAUGAUCUGGUGACCUUUACUCGGGAUGGAGGGGUUCAGUGGGGAGACAGGUCAUCCACUUUCCGGACUCGGACUGCCAUCGAGAAGGCUGAGUCCAGUAACAAUGUCCGCCUGAGCAUCAGUCGGGCCAGUGACACAGAGGCAGGCAAGUACCAGUGUGUGGCAGAGCUGUGGCGGAGGAACUACAACAACACCUGGACAAGGCUGGCCGAGAGGACCUCCAACCUGCUGGAGAUUCGGGUACUGCAACCAGUGACAAAGCUACAGGUGAGCAAGUCAAAGAGAACGCUCACACUGGUGGAAAACCGGCCAAUUCAGCUGAACUGCUCAGUUAAGUCCCAGACCAGCCAGAACUCACACUUUGCCGUGCUGUGGUAUGUUCACAAGCCCUCAGACGCAGAUGGCAAGCUCAUUCUCAAGACCACGCACAGCUCAGCCUUUGAGUAUGGAACCUAUGCUGAGGAGGAGGGCCUGAGAGGCCGGCUGCAGUUCGAGAGGCAUGCAUCCGGGGGCCUGUUCAGCCUCACUGUGCAGAGAGCUGAGGUCAGCGACAGUGGUAGCUACUACUGCCACGUGGAGGAAUGGCUGCUGAGCCCCAACUAUGCCUGGUACAAGCUGGCCGAGGAGGUUUCAGGGCGCACAGAGGUCACUGUGAAGCAGCCAGACAGCCGCCUGAAGCUCAGCCAAGCCCAGGGGAACCUGUCUAUUCUGGAGACCCGGCAGAUACAGCUGGAGUGUGUGGUCCUGAACCGUACCAGCAUGGCCUCCCAGCUCAUGGUGGAAUGGUUUGUAUGGAAGCCCAACCAUCCAGAGCGGGAAAUAGUGGCCCACCUGAGCCGAGAUGCUACCUUCCACUAUGGUGAACAGGCCGCCAAAAACAACCUGAAGGGGCGGCUGCACCUGGAAAGCCCGUCUUCUGGCGUGUACAGGCUCUUCAUCCAGAAUGUGGCGGUCCAGGACAGUGGGACCUACAGCUGCCGAGUAGAGGAGUGGCUGCCCAGCCCCAGUGGUGUGUGGUAUAAACGGGCUGAGGACACAGCUGGGCAGACAGUCGUCACAGUCAUGCGACCUGAUGCUGCCCUGCAGGUGGACACAGUAGUCCCCAAUGCCACAGUGACUGAGAAGGCAGCCUUUCAACUAGACUGCAGCAUUCUGUCUCGGUCAAGUCAGGACUCCCGCUUUGCUGUGGCCUGGUAUUCUCUCAGGACUAAAGAUGGAGGAAAAAGAGGCAGUCUUGGCAUUGAAGAACAAGAGGAGGAGGAGGUAUCGGAAGAGGAGGACAGUGAAGACGAAACAGAGAGGAUAGCCCUGCUGAGCGUGGGUCCUGAUGCUGUCUUUGGUCCUGAAGGCAGCCCUUGGGAGGGCAGGCUGCGUUUCCAGAGGCUCUCGCCCCUGUUGUACCGGCUCACGGUGCUUGAGGCAAGUCCCCAUGACACAGGCAACUACUCCUGCCAUGUGGAGGAGUGGCUGCCCAGCCCACAGAAGGAAUGGUACCGGCUAACAGAGGAGGAGUCGGCCCCCAUCGGCAUCCGGGUUCUGGACACAAGUUCUACCCUGCAGUCGCUCAUCUGCUCCAACGAUGCACUCUUCUACUUCGUCUUCUUCUACCCUUUCCCCAUCUUUGGCAUCCUCAUCAUUACCAUUCUGCUGGUGCGUUUCAAAAGCCGGAACUCCAGCAAGAACUCAGAGGGGAAGAAUGGGGUGCCCCUGUUGUGGAUCAAGGAGCCGCACCUCAACUAUUCUCCAACUUGCCUGGAGCCCCCUGUGCUCAGCAUCCAUCCUGGAGCCAUAGACUAA